UGCGCUCUUCAUUCUCAAGAAGAAGUUAGAGCUAAAGCUAUUCGACUGGUUGCGAACAAACUUUAUCCUCUCAACUUUGCUUCAGAUAUAAUUGAGCAGUUUGCAGUGCGCAUGCUAUUGUCGGUUGUUGACCAGCAAAGUUCAGAAGCGGAUACCAGUCUUGUAUACUCCAAUGAACAACAAACAGAAAUGGCUAGUCAGGAUGCAUUUGUUAGUGGCUCCCAGAUUUUAGAGCCUGCUGCUUCUGAGAGUGAUGCUGAUAAGGAUAACCAAGCUUCUGUUUUGAAAGUUCCAACAAUAUCUCUUUCUGAAGCACAACGACAGACAUCAUUGUUCUUUGCUCUUUGCUCGAAGAAACCAAGUCUUCUCCAAUUAGUAUUUAAUAUAUAUGGGAGAGCUCCAAAGGCUGUCAAGCAGUCUGUCCAUCAACACAUCUCUAACCUUGUGAAGAAUCUUAAUUCGCCUUAUUCUGAGCUAUUGGACUUGAUCUCUGAUCCACCUGAAGGAAGUAAAGGUCUUGUAGUUCUGGUCUUGGAGACUCUGACUGAAGAAUCAACACCUUCAUCUGACUUAAUUGUUGUGGUCAAACAUCUAUAUGAGACUAAGCUAAAGGAUGCUGCUAUUCUCAUUCCAAUGCUCUCUUCUUUUUCAAAGGACGAGGUUAUGCCUAUUUUUCCACGUCUGGUUAAUCUUCCAUUAGAGAAGUUUCAAGCAGCAUUAGCUCGCAUUUUGCAGGGAUCGGCUCAUACUGGUCCAGCAUUAACUCCUGCUGAAGUGUUGAUUGCAAUUCAUGAUAUCGAUCCUCAGAAAGAUGGUGUUGCACUCAAGAAGAUAACAGAUGCUUGCACAGCUUGUUUUGAGCAACGCAUAGUUUUUACACAGCAUGUUCUAGCAAAGUCAUUGAGCCAUCUGGUUGAACAAGUGCCACUUCCUCUUCUUUUCAUGCGAACUGUUAUUCAAGCAAUUGAUGCUUUCCCAUCUCUGGUUGAUUUUGUGAUGGGUAUACUCUCAAAACUUGUGACAAAGCAGAUAUGGAAGAUGCCGAAGUUGUGGGUGGGAUUUCUGAAAUGUGCUUCACAAACGCAACCUCAUUCUUUUCAUGUCCUACUACAGUUGCCACCGCCUCAUCUUGAAAGUGCUCUAAAUAGGCAUCCUAACUUACGCAUUCCUCUUGCUUCCUAUGCCAAUCAAUCAAGCAUGAGGACCUCAUUGCCACGGCAAACCCUUAAGGUGUUAGGCCUUCUUGAUGAAGAACAGCAAACUCCAAAAUCAUCUGUCCCCGCAACAUUGCAAACUUCGGAUACGGGUUCUUCAAUUCAUGGUACGGCACUUACAUGAUCAGUAGAGCUUCUUCAUGAUCGACCCAUUCCAAAGAGAGCAACUUCCUGGCUCUUGUGAGGGGCCCUGUGGUAGCAAAUUAUGGGAACUGACAGUGGCAUGCUACUGAACAAGGUGCCAGCUCAAGAACAAACAACCAUGGCACAUUCAAAUUCAUCAGAAUAUGAGACAAGGAAUUACAUACAGGACCCAGGCCACUGGCUGGUACAAUAUUUGUCCCAUUUAUCGGUGGAUAGAUCAUGUCCUAAAACGAGCCCAAGCUGAAAAUGUAACUUAGCUGUGUAUGUUAUCGGUCAAGAAAAAUAGUUAUCAUCAUUGAGUUCCAUUUUGUCUUCUAAGUAAUUAGCUUGUCAGGUUUAAGUUACCAAUCAGAGAAAACUUAAGCUGCUACUUGGGCACCAGAUUUAAAUGUGGGUGUCCUUGGAGCCUCAAGCUUUUCAGGCAUCUUUUAAAUUGGACCGGUUUCUUUCGGUCAUCAGAUUGUUAAAACAUUUAUGUAAUCUUUUAUGUGCAAUCCGUUUUGUUGGUUGCGUUGUAAAUUAUGAAUCGAUAGUUAGUGAGAUUUAGAUCUAGGUAUGUUUUUCA